AUGAGGGAGAAGGGAGGAAGGAAGGGCCAGGAUAGCGAAGAAGCAGAUGAAGAUGGCCUUUCUCUGGCAGCUAUUGAAAGAAGAUUUGAAAGGGUUGAAAAUGUUAAUGAAUGGUGUAAAUGUGGAAAGUGCAGUGUUCAGAAUCUGGUAGGUGCAAGGGAGUAUAGAUGUUGCUGGGAAGUUCAUCCAGCAUUUGGAAAAUUAACGUUUGAUGGGUCAGUCGAUAGGAUAAGAUGUGUGACACUACACGACGAGUAUAUCGCUCUGUCAAACAGAAUUGUGCUGAAGCAGGUUGGACCACUGCUAAAAGACAGACAAGGGCGGGGAUACAGGCGCAGAGGAAACCAAACUGAAAAUGAAUAUGCAAGAGCUGUUGCCUAUAGGUGGCUGGUAAGGUGGAUCUUUGGACCUAUGGGAUGGGACAACACAAGACCACUGCCUGCCUGCAUUUAUGAAGAAAUCAGGUCUCGGUUCCCGACUACUUCCUUAAGAGGAUAUGCUACAACAGAGGAACGUGAUUAA